AUGCAUCCUUUGCGGAAGAGGUGAGUUCCCCGCCGCGCUCAUUGCACGCCACAUUCGUUUUGCUCAUUCCAUUAGGAGAUGCCAUCUUGAGAAGAAUGCAUUUACGUACUUACUUUUGUCAAGAAACGUUCUGAUCUCUAGAACUUUUCAAAAUAUAAUUGAAAAUCUAAAUCUAAAUCCUUGUUCCUAUCCCAUUCCUAAUCCCUUUUCUAACCUCUUCUUGCUGCUUUUCGCUCUGGAAAAAUUGACCUUAACGAAGUGACAUUUGUCGUAGCACGACACAAACCAGAGUUCAUUAGCAUUAUUUUAUUUCUUUGCCCCGGCUGUUUUAUGCCUGCGCCUUCUGCCGCUGCUCCUCGACCCGAUGAUUUCGUAUAACUUUUGCAGCUUCUACACACGUUCUUGCCAGUCCCUCAAACCGUUUCUAUAUAAAUAGAAGAGAAAAGUCAGAAAUUUCAAAAUUUUCCUACUUCCGUUUCAAUAUCGGAUUUCUUUCGUAUCAAAGUUUGUGUUCUCUAGUUUUUUGAAAACUGGUAGUUUUCUGCGCGAACAUUCUUCUCACCCAUCUCUCAUUUCGUCAUCAACCUCGAUAGAAGGAUUCUGGAAAGGGCUCAAGAGGUUGCGCACACUUCAGACACUCGCCGCUUUAUUUAGAACACCAAUUACGUUUCAAGAUUUUUUGAUGACGUCUAUCUAAGACAGCACAAUGUUAUUCCGUAGUCUGCAUCCGCUUCCUUAUGUUCUCACUUUUCAUCAGAGUACGAUGCCUGAUCAUUGUGCUAGAAUAAGAAACGCCGUUUCGGCUCGAUGAAUUAUUAAAAAGAACGAUGCAAAGAAAGGGCCAUCUGAAAAAUUUAAUACCUAAUUGCACUAUGAAAAGAGCCACAAUUAUUCAGCCGUUUGGUUUUAUAGGCUGCUCGCCCUAUUCUCUAUUCUCAUUUCUGUUUUUGCCUAACUGCAUUUUGAAUUGUUCUAAAUGCGUCACAAUUGAAACGAGAUUUCUUUUCAAUUAAUCUCGACCAUUUGUGUUGUGCAUGAAUUCGGUCAGAUUGGGUGCAUCAAGUUUUGUUUUUGGAAUUGCGGUUCCCGCUAGUAACUCGCAAAAAGCAGAGAACAGAAGAAUUCGAACAGCUCGAAACUUGAUUUAUGUAAAUGCGAGCAAAGGUUGCGACACAGAAAUAGUGUUGUUUUUCCGCGUCGAAGUUGCUCGCUCUGUGUACGUCACAGAGAGGUUCCGACGGCCGAUCUUCAAAGACAGAAACACUUGUCCCGUUUGUUUUGAUCGCUGGUCACAAAAACAAAAUGACUGCUCCGAGACUCUCUGAUCAGGUGGCACUCGGUACUUUUUUUCAAAAAUCUAUCUAUCCUUGAGCAGGAAGCGGAGAAAGGGAUGUGCAGGGACUCAUAAAAGGGCAAGAGCAGAAGCACAUGACUUUUUGAUCAUUCUGGAAACAAAACUGCACCAUUCCGUUUUCUUGUGCUUUUAUUCUAAACCUUGUGUUUUUUCUGAUUCUAAUUUUUUCAGGCUUGUAAAACUUUUUAAUUUUGAGUCUGCAAAUUAUGUUUUCCUGCUCGCCGCUAGCUAAUUACCCGAAAAAACGUUUACCGAGUAUAAAAUCGAUCAUUUUUUUGGAAUGCUUUUAAAAAUUUUUAGAAGCCGUGCCGAUUUUGAGAAGUAAAAAGAAAAAUAAAAAACAGGGCGAGAAAACUUCAAUUUUCCGCUCAUCCGGCCCGUCUAAAGUCUGUUAAAAAGAUUCUCUAGCUUAGAUGCUAUCACUUACAACGAAUGCUCUGAAAUUGAUUCAGCCCAUGUACCAAAUCCUUUUUUCUCCUUCGUUUUUCUGUAAAUCGCUGUGCUUUGAAAGCCGAUGCCGUCAGACAGGAAUGCCCGAAAAAAAAACAAUCUUGUUUCUUCCUCCCCCCGCGCUCACGUUUUCAGUUUUCCAGUACAUCCUUCACCACCAAUUGAAAGACGUUUUAUCCUAUUCUGAUUACACAUAAACAUGUGAGUAGAAAAGGAAAUGAAGGAGAACACACAGGAAAACGCAGAAGAGAAAUGGAGAGGAGAUGGGUCAGAAGGAAAAAGGGAAGGGAAGGGAAGGGCGGACUCGUGCUCAGUGCAUCUCGUCGAGGCCGUCGUUUCGUUCUUCCAUUCAUUCGGCUAUUCAUUGAACCCCAUCCGGACGAUCAUUUAGAAGGCCCAAAAACCGCAUUUCUUGUCGUCAGCACUAGUUCUUUGCUGCCAUAAUCCACUGGGAGCCGUGCGCUCAUUCCUGCUCCUACUUAUUACUGCUGCCAAAAAAACCUAACGUCUUCUUCGUCCUCUUCCUUUUCCGAGCAAUGAGACGCCACUACUCUUACCACGAUCGGCCCGCAACCUAUGCCCACUGGUCUAAAAAUAGAAGACUAUUGCUGUGCAAAAUGCUUCCCAAGUGAGUUUCAUUCCGCCCGUUUGUCCGUGCUGUCCAUUGGUCACUGAACAGACAGAUCAAAUUUUCCGUCGGUUCGGGUGGUCCCAACUCGCAAUGUCUACAUCUAUUUUUAACUAGUCUCCUCUUUUUUUGCGGAUAGAGAACGAACGUCGAGGAAAAGUUGUAAACACGAGUGUUGGUUGAUGAAAUUUGAAUGCUACGUCAGAGUCGUCAAAGAAUCCCUUUAGUGUGGGAUUCACAGUAUCCGUCCACACAUUCAGAGACAUGUGUUCGAAGACCAAAUCGGCCCUCUGGCGACGAUUUUGUCAAAAGUCACGUUGGACGCAAGGAUUUCGGGGGAUUCCCAGCACGGUUAUAGAAAGUAACAAGCGUCUGGGACAAACAUUCGCACGCAGUUGCUCAAGCCGUCUUACUGACUUAACUUUUGCGGCCCAAAUUAGACUUGCUCAUGAAUCAGACAAGUUGAUCAUUCGAGAUGGUUCUGCGUCGUUCUUUUUUUCCCAUUAAAAAUGAUAGAUUUAUAGACUUCUAGGAAGGCUUUUCGACUAUUUAUAACAAGUCAGAAAUCUACGAGGGUGCGAGGAAGUUUCUCGUUUUUUUAAGUGAUGAAUGACAAGAUUCUACCUAACAUUUCCCUGAAUUUCGCUGACUUAACUGGUUGGAAUUAAUUAGUGCUGAAUGUUUCUCUUCAUUUAUUCCGGUUUUCAAUUCAUUUUCUCACUAAACUCCACUCCAUCUCAUCAGCGCAUGCCAAUAAGAAAUGUCAUGGUCGAGCUAUUUUGAAGUGCGGGGACCAUUCGUUUAAUAAGAAUAAGUACUAGACUGCACAGGAUAUGAAUAUUUCAUGAUCAAUGGUUUUUUAUCAUCCUACGGGACAUCUGUUUUUGAUACUUUUUUUUCAGAUAUUCUAGACUUUUCUAUUAUUAGAUUUACAGAUCAAUGACUUUGUCGGUGCCUGAUUGUGCAGAAGUGAAUCGGAUCCGCAUGUCAAAUCAUCGAAAAAUGAGCUUGGGAAGUGCUCCACUGAUUGCCAACGGAAGACCGAGUCCGCCACCAAGAAGGACAAGUUUGGCAGGUUGGUGAACAUCCUCGGCUCGAACUUGUAUAGAUUGAAAGCAUUGAAACAGUUUCAGUGCAUUGUGCUUUCAUAUAAUAAUAAAAUACAUGUGAUAAUUGAAUCGAGCUUGUCUGGGUUGACCGUGAUUCAAUUAUGGCGUCUUUAGAGAAGUAUCUUUUUGUGUUUCUUUUACUUACAUUCUAUCAUGGAAAGAGCUGGGGCAAGUUGACGGUUAUAUCAGAAAUUGUUUAUGAAACUAAAAGAGACUGUAAGGUGCUUUAAAGCAGACUAGCAAGAUUCCGGACCGGCCCCGGUCGGCCCUUUCAAAUAGACGGAAAUUUAUUAAGUGUUGGGACCUGCCAGAAAAAGAGCUCAUGUUUAGUUCUGAAAGAGUUCUGCUAUCCACAUACUAAUCACCUUGAACCUAAUUAGCACUCACUCUAUUCGAACUUCAACAAUUGCGUCCGAAUGUCAUUAGGCACUUUUUGCGGUCUCCGAAAGAACCAAAAGAGAAACAAACUUUAAAUUUGAGCUGAGAGACACGAUUCAUUUAGUUUUAUUUAGUUCAUUUUUUGUCGAAAAGGACGGAGCUCAGCUUUUCUUCUUUAAAGGUGGAACUACAUUCUUGAGCUGUUCAGUCUUUUGGUCAAUCUUUGACUGGAACUACCGUACUCUCCGUACGAAGAUGUCGAGAUUUUAAAAAUUAGCUCCGUUUUGAGCGUCGUCCGUAUCUUGCGCCUACAGUUUUGAUUACGUUAAUUUUCAAAACAAAGAUGCAGUGGCACAUGUAUUCCACGUCUUUCUGUACCAUUGCCUAGAAAUGCAACGUGUUGUAGGUGAGAUAUUAUUCAAUGAAUCGAAAAGUAGUUGCUCAGAAAUCAAGAAUCUAAAGUUGAAAACUAGUAACGAAACUUGUGAUGUGUUGUUUUCAAUUCGAUGAAAAACUUUUUUUCCGAAAUGAGAAUAUGAAGGAGGUGAAGAGCAAGUGAAGGACGUCUUGGCACCUCUCCAUCUCCGGAGGCGUCUCUCCGUCCUACUUUUGCACCUCCUUUUUCAUUUCAUUUGGGCUCGCGCCUUAUUCCGAUGACGACACAUUCGGUUUGGUGCCCACCACCAAAUUGAGUGUUGUUUGCCCGAUUCCGCCCAUCCAUCCACAUGGCGAAAAUUUCCAUUUUUCUAAAAUGCGUCUUUUCAUGUGCCGGCAUCGCGCUAAUUCGCUUGUAAUUCAAGCCCAUCAGACUCGAUUUCUGUGCUUUCCGAAAUGUCGGCCCGACGCGCCCUUUUUUCUAAAUCUGGCGUAGAGCUCCGUCAUUUUUGUGCGAGCAAUUAUAGAAAAAUGCUUGUUCUUUAUUGCUAUACAAUCAUUAAAAAGCUCAAUUUUACAUAAACUAGAUUACUGUACUCGGCUAGUUUCAUGAAAUUCUGACCGCUGGCCUUCCAUACAUUUGUAAAAAGUGUGCUCCUCCGCAGAUAUUUCCGUUCAUCCCUUCCGCAUUCAUACAUUUUUUUGCAGAAAGCAAGAGGACCGGCUCCUCAUUUCCCAUUUUACAGAAUGCGUUUUGUUUUCUUCGGAAUUGCAGCUUUUCUGCAGAAAUAGUGUCCACACCGAGCAAAUGAGCUAUUUCCCAUCCUCUUCCGCGUGCUUCAGCGAUAGUAAACCAAAUUUCAGAAAGCAUUCGCACACUGGCGUUCACUGCUCGUCGCAACUCUUCUCCUUUGUACCGCAAGUCGACGAAAAAGCUCAAAAAAAGUCGACUCGUGGGCAAAAAUGGUAUUUGUAAUGUGUACAAUACCAAUGUGCCGAAGAAAGAUCGACAAUACUUGAGGUGAGUGCUUCGACUGUAAAGCUUUCGAAUAAAUGCGUAGGAAAAGAGGAAGAAUUUCAUUUUCAAUAUAAAUCGCCCACAACAAAGAUUCUUCGCGAGCGCUUUAAAGAUAUUUGCAAAAGUGCACAUUCUUCAAACUUCUCUGCUCAAAGAACGUGCAAAAGGAAUAAUAGAUCAAAAGUCCGCACUUUCAGAGAUAUAUUCACCACUCUAAUUGAUGUGAAAUGGCGAUGGAUGCUCUUGUUGUUUGCCUCGGCAUUUGUCCUCAGGUACAGAAAACAGUCAUUUUCCAACAACAAGACUUGGAUUUCAGUUGGAGCGUCUUCGGAACUGCCUACUACCUCAUCGCGCUGGUCCACGGCGAUCUCACACUUCCAAUCCCUGCCAAUCAUACAGCAUGUGUCAUGAACCUCGAUUCCGUCUACUCUUCUUUCCUUUUUGCUGUGGAAACUCAUCAUACUAUCGGAUAUGGACACCGGUACACAUACAUACUAGCGGGCCAUUAUGUGAAAUUGAAAAUAUGCGCGCAAAACCAAAAUUCGAAUUGAAUGCACAGAUGGAAGAGAAACACGCACUAGGCAAAGAUCGUCAAAAACAAUGCAACAUAACCUAGUACGUGUUUUCUUCCAUUCUUUCAAAUUCGUGUUCCCGAGUCGUUUUUGCUUCUAUUCACUUUCUUCUCAUUACAGUGCGUUUACAGCGCCCCGAUGUUAGAAUUCCCGUCGAGAAAAGUUUUGUUUCAGGUAUAUAACAACCGAAUGUUAUCUUGCCGGAGUCAUUGUUUGUCUCCAAGCUAUUUGCGCUCUUCUUCUUCAGUCGUUCAUGGUCGGAAUAGUUUUUGCCAAAAUGGCAAGACCGAAAAAGAGAGCAGAAACUAUCAUCUUCAGGUAUCAAUUUGUAAAACCAAAUCCUUACUACGUGUUCUAUUUCAGUGACAAAGCGGUCAUUUGUCUGCGUGACGGUCAACUCUGUUUCCUCUGUCGGGUCGGUGAUAUGCGAAAUACCCAUUUGGUGGAGGCUCAUGUCCGUCUCCAGUUUAUCACGGAUCGGGAAACCAAUGAAGGAGAGGUAUUGCACACUUUCACAUUUGCCUUUUUUCUACUUUCCCAUUCAGAUUGAGCCACUCCAUCAAUUCGAAAUGAAGGUCGGACCUUCGAUUUCCGACGACGACCGCCUUUUCUUGGUAAGGGAAUGGGAACGACUAAGAGUUCAGAGCUCAAGCAAAAAAAAACGGAAAUAGAAAAUAGAAAAUGGAAAAUUCAGUUAAUCUUGAGUUCGGAGUCUAAGCGGACGAACCAAAAAGAAGAGGGAAUAGAUUUUUUUGUUGAGAUUGGAAAAGGAAAAAGAAGAAGAAAAAGUAGACGUUCUUAAUGGAAUUUUCCGUUUUUCCACUUCUCCGAGGAAGCCAGACGAUGACGCAAGGGAUCUUUCAGGUUUGGCCAACUACUCUCUGCCACGUCAUCGACUCCCGCAGCCCGCUGUACAAUUACAAUCAGCAGACUCUGAUGUCUGCUCAAUUUGAAAUCAUCGUGCUCCUCGAAGGAAUUGUCGAAUCGACCGGAAUGACCGCCCAGGCCAAGACUUCCUACCUCCCAUCCGAGAUCCUCUGGGGCCAUCGAUUCCGUAAACUUGUCACCUACCAACGGUCCAAUGGAUCUUACCAGAUUGACUACGACCUCUUCAACAGCACCUACCCAGUCCGUACCCCUGCUUGCAGUCCCGCUGAGUUCUAUUCCUCGAAGCCAAAUGUAAAUUAACGAAUUCGAAGAUCUGAAAGUCCCCAUUUUCAGCUUAAGGACUAUUACUGCCAUGACAGUCUCGAGCACAAGUUGGAAGAGAACCGCUCGUCGGACUCGACCCCGCUCCCAUCGCCCUCUCCAUACAGUUACCCAUCAACUCCCAUGAAUCACUUCCAAUCGUCUUCCAACUCGCCGCUUUUCUCUAAUUCCCAUUCGAAAUUCAAUACCGAGGUGAGCUCAUAAAACUAAUGACUCGCAUUCAAUUCCCUUUUUGGAUGCGUUUGAAUGAGAUUUUGAAUGGGGAUGCGAAAGUGAGCGCAAACGAAAAUAGAGUGCACAACAAGAUUUUCUAUUUUAAAACGCUUUCAGGCGGUGACAUGUGAGGCUGGAAUGCUCUGCCCGCCGACAAUCGUCGUCCAAUGUCCGUCGACAUGCGCUUCGCCGAAUCAUAUGAGACGUUCUCGCAAUCAAAUGGAUAAGAGUCGUACCAGGUACCGUGUGAUUGAGGGGAAAAGAGGAAAAGAAUCGGGAGGAACAGAUUGAAGGGAGAAAUCGAAAAAUCAUUGUCGUAAAAUGACGAAUUCUUCAACGCCCACGAGAAAAUUUGAGAUUGUCUAGUUUAAGGAAUCUGAGCACAAAUUAUCAGUAGGAGGUGGAUUUCUUGGACGCCGACGUUGUGCAACCCGACGUUUUAAAACCGCGACGUUUUGAUACGACCGUGAACUACUUAUGUUAACGAUAACUGUCAAUGUUCACGUUGGUAUCAAAACGUCGGGGUCUCAAUUUCUUAUUUAAUGCUGUCAGUGUAGGGCACUUAUGAAAAUAAUCUAUAUUUUUUACAACUUCCCGGUGUUCUGUGUUGAUCUUCCGAAAUCAUUCAAAUUUUUCCCAGUUUCGCAAUUCAUUUCUGAAAGUUGGUAAACUCGUAAACUUUUAUGCUGGGUCAUUUCGCAGCUUCUCGCGGGAAAGACGCAUCAAUACGGUAUCUUCAAAGAUCACCUUGUCCGACAAGACAAUAUCGGAAUGAAUUUUAACAAAAACUCAACUUCUAAGACUUUAACGCAACUUUCAGCAGCUCCUGCGAUCUGACUCGUCCUAGCACCGCUUUGUCGGAUCUUGAGGAAGAAUGCUCCGACAGCGGAUCUCCGACCAAGUGCCAAUCGCCUCCAGUGGUCCCCAUCCACAUUGAGAUCGUCAGCGAGACAUAG